AUGCAUCAGUUAAAGCUUGUCUUCGCCGCUUUGGUUCUUAUUUCGGUUAUUUUGUGCGAACCUUCAGAGAUUGACAAAACCCCUAUGCCAUUUUUCGAUGCUAGGACCCCCUCUUGUGAUGAAAUAACUGCAUAUGAUACACUGGUCGACGAUUAUAUGUUUUUUUACAUUAAAUCGACUCCAAUUCUUGAAAGAAUAUUUUCAUCCCUUAUUAUUAUCCCAGCUGCAUCUUUUUUAGCAUUAGCUCUGCUUCACAAGUCCGAAUUUGAUGCACGUACCACUAAAGCUCGUUCAGCUGCUCCCCUCUUUGAGCAUCCAAGUUUAUGGGUUUAUAGCCGUCCUUUUUUUGUUGCAGCUGUAGUUCUUAUUCUACAGAAAGGGUUCCUUUAUUCAGCCAUACUUCAUCCCAUGACCACAUCGAUAAAAGAACGCAUUAGAAUUAUUGAUCCCCUCCUUAUAAAACCCGAUCAAUAUUUGUGCUAUAUCAUGGCUUGCUUCUUUGCACAGUCUGUUUUCACGUCCAUUAAGAUAAAUUCGUUCGCUAGUUAUAUAUUGGCGUGUAGUUUAUGGCUAUUUACUCGUCGAGUUGUUCGAGAUUUAUAUCUCUAUCUGCCAAGAACAGGAAACAGCUUCAUGUUAAUUCUAACUCUUACCGGAUAUACAUCUUACAUCUAUUCAAAUGGAGGGCCGUCAGCUUUCUUUAAAUCGAAUCACGGUAAAAAAACCAAUAUUUUGUCCAAAUUCUCCCCUAACUCUCCUUCCGAAUUUGGGGAUAUAAAUGAAAGUUUCUAUGAAGCGGCAAAUGUAUUUGAGCAUUCCCUAAACUUCCUAACUCACAUGGCCAACUCUGGUCUGGUACAAAUAAUUCUGUUUGGCAUAUUAGCCUGGUACUUUUCCUCCAUUUACACCUCUUCAUCAGAUGCUGGAAGCCAUACCGGGCCUAUAAUAUUGUGGAAGGCCAUUUGUUUCUUCAGGGAAGACAUUAAGAUAUCCCUGCCAUUUUAUAUUGUCAAGUGGACAAAGUUGCUUCCAUACUCACUUACAAAUACUGCCCUUCCAGUCGUUUCCACCAUUGGCGAUUCGAUUUUCUUCCUCACUAUAUACCUCUGCAUUGCCGUUGUUACACAUGCAGAUGAAAGGCUCGAUGAGAAAAAAGUUGAUCAAUAUUUGCCAUUGGGCGUUUAA